AUGUUUUUCCUUGUUAUUGUGGCAGUAGUACUCAAGAAACUAAAAAAAACUUCAUUUCUCUCUCUAUAUAACACACCACUUUCUUCUCCUCUUUCUUUUGCAUUUUUCGCUCUCGUUCUCACCGCACUUCAUGCUGUGAAAAUUCUAUCUUAUGCCGAUUCUUUCACACCUCACUGUAAGCUCUCUCUCUUCUUCUCUUUCUCUCUCCUCCUCCUCUCUCUAGAUAUUCAUCUAUCGAUCAGUUAGUUUUUCCAAAAUCAAACGAAUAUUUUGAUUUUGAGUCACUGAUGGAUCUAACAACUCUCUUUCUCCGCCGUAACCCUACGAUUUGUUUUCCGUCUUUUCAAACUUCACAAGCACGCAAACAACUACAUAUUCAGAUCUACCGGUGCAACUUUCUUUAUAUUUUUCCAAUAUUCCAACUGAUUUCAUACUUUUACCUUCCAGUUUUCACAUCUGGUGCCGUUUUUUGUUUUCUUUUGAAAAAACUUUUGUCGUUGCGUGAUUUGAAAUGUUGCAAUCAGAGUUUGUUGACUCCAAAGAGAUCAUGCUUUUAAUGACCUAGAUUAGUUUAAUCAUUUCGUAGUUGAAUUUUUUUAUUUAAUUUAACGAUCACGAAUCUGUACGUACGUGAAGCUUCGUUGAAUCAAUCUCUGUGAUUGCUUCACUCGUUCCUCAAUUUCUAUGCCUUUUAUUAUUAGUUUAUUUACAGCUAUUACUGCUACAAAUUAAUUAUCAUUGUUGCUAAUUGUUACACUAUUAUUGUUAUUGUUAUCUCUAUUUGACUCUCUCUCUCUUAUUUGUUUGUAGAAAAUUAAAUUUCAAUUCCUGGUACUGCAGAGUUGUGAAAGCUAGAUACUAUUUUAGAUUAGAAUUAGAUAGAUCACUCGUUUUCGAAGAAAACGAAGCUGUAAAAUAUUUAUUAAUACUAAUUUUUUUACUAGGGAUUUGCUUUGCUUAAUAUAAUAUAAUAUCAAUUUGAUGAUUUAUUAACUGCAGAGGUUGCGUUGGUGAGUGAGAGAGAUAUAGAGAGGAAGAGAGAGAAAAUCGAGAUAGGAGAAGAUGUCGUCAACACAAACUUCGCCGUGUGCGGCGUGCAAGUUUCUCCGGCGAAAAUGCACGACAGAGUGCGUAUUUGCACCGUAUUUUCCACCAGAUAACCCUCAAAGGUUUGCAUACGUACACAAAGUUUUCGGUGCCAGUAACGUGGCGAAGCUGCUUAACGAGCUUACCCAGAGUCAGCGUGAGGACGCCGUUAAGUCACUAGCUUACGAAGCCGAGGCGCGGCUUCGAGACCCAGUUUACGGCUGCGUUGGUCUUAUCUCUCUUCUUCAACACAAGUUACGAGCGAUCCAAGGUGAACUAAAUAAUGCUAAAAAAGAACUUGCAACUUAUAUUGGUCCUCAAGCUCUACAGGGAAUUCCUACGAGUAUUCUUCAACCGCAGCAUAUUCAAAGCAACCCGUUUUGUAAUUCUCUUUACCCUUAUAAUGGUAAUGUUCCGGUGGUGACGGCGGCGAAUCAGAUGGUGAUUCGUGACCCACAACCUAUGACACCUCAACAUCAGAUCUUGGAAGCUCAACAAUUGGCUGCAGCUGUUGCUGCUAGAGAGCAACAAGAGAUUUAUAGGACUUUUGAAAAUCAACAACAGCAACAGCAAGAGUUUUUGAGGUUCAGUGGUGGGUUUGAUGUGGAUUCGGUUUCUAAUUCUCCUGGUGGGUUCAACCAAGUGUCCCCAGUUUCUGCUGCUGCUGUUGGGGUUGUUUCUGAUCAAUUGUCUCCUUCCUUGGCCUUGGGGUCUUUUGACAAUACUUAUCACCACAUGCAACAAACACAACAAGGACAAGGAGAGUCUCAUCCGCAUCAUCAUCAUCAUAACCUUAAUCAUCAUCUUCCACUUCAAGCACAGCUAUUGCUUCCUCCUCAGCAGAAGCAAGCACAGCCACAAACUCAACAUUCAUCAUUAACACACCACCAACAACAGACGGAAAGCGAGGAGUGUAGGAGUGUUGGACUUGGUCCAUCUUGUUGAUUUCAAAUUUUGCAGCUCUUGACACUUCCUGCUUUUUCGUCUCAUAGUUUUCAGACUAGUUCUUACCUGUCGGAUACAAAUGGAUAGCUAGAAAAAGAAGAGGGGGUAAAGCAAACUUUCCUAUGCAAUAAAAUAUAAGCAAAAUGAUUCAAAAAGUUAUUUAUUAUCCUUAACAUUCAACUUUUUGAAUCCUUUUUACUUAUAUUUUGUUAUAAAGGGGGAAUAUGUGAGAUUCAUUUAUCCACAUUGCUUUGUUUGACUUUGAAGGAAACUCCCAAGACAUGAUUAAAAGAGUAAGCUGAGUAUUUGAUGAUCUGUGAAGACCUUACUUUAUUGAAUCUAAAGCAGUAGCUACGUUUUAAUUAAGUUCUCUUUAUAGUUAAACACUAAAUUGUAAAUCAGAAUUCAGAAAGCUUUUAAAAGGCUUUAAUUAUUAGCCCUUUUUCAUUAUUUCUUUUUGGAUGAAUAGCUUCAUCUCCCGUCAAAUAAUUGUUUUCAUCACGGCUUCAAUGUUAUUUGGCUGUAAAUACUACCAACACCGAUAACACAAAUGCAAUCAGUUUUGUGGUGCUAUUUGAAUAAAGGGGAUUGAUGUGUUAAGAGUAAAAAUUAAAAGGGAGUAAAAACUAACGGAAUGGAUCCUCUUCUGCGGAAUUCUUUCGGCCAUCCAUGCUGCCCCUAAUCCAAUGAUUAAAGAAUUU